UUGAGGAUUAUCUGCGGCUGGUCUUCCUGGAUAGCAGCGAAAAUUGUAUCGUGACAUGGAGGACUCGGAGUCAGAUCUAAAGCCUCAUGUGGUUCACAUCAAAUCUGAAAUGGAUCCGCUUGAUUUCAAAACUUCUGCAGAUAUCGCUCUUCUAGAUGGGAAGGCAAUGCACAUUCCAUCUAUUGGGACAGCUGAUUCAAAACCGGAUGCUCAAACUGUGUAUGAAGAAAGUGAUGUAAAACCUAGCACCUCGAAGAACGAUGGUGUAUCUGCUCUAGAAGUAAUGAAAUUGCUCAAUCCAUCGAUUGAUGAUGUCUCACAACCAAAGGAGCCUACGGAUUCAGCUAAAGGCAGAAGCUGUGCUCUUUGUCUAGCUUCUCCUUCCGUCGAAGACUUACGAGAAGUGAACAGCCAAGAACAGCUACUCGUUUUCCUUUCUGGAUUACUGUUGGGCAGCGAGAUAGCUGAUGAUGUGGCCUUUCGAAUCUACAAAGAAAACCACGCUGUAAACUCAUACUAUUGUAGACGGCAUUUUUCAACCGCGUUUCUACACAUUGCACAUGAAGUCCGUGAAACCGCUGGGCAAACAUCUGUGCAUGAUCUCGCGCUUGCGUCUGGUGCUAAGACUGGCUUGUUGCAGCGCAUCAGGAAAAUCACAACACUACUUGAUGCGGAAGUGGAGAUAAGUGGAAGUGAUCUAUCUCAAUUUUAUUGGAACUGCCAAAAUGACUAUGCAGAUCAGGGAUAUGAAGUAGAAGAGGAGGUGUCUCGGAUUUCAAUGGCUACCAGAAGGAAGUCCUAUACCACGAUUUUCAAGCUUAACGCGUCUGCUUCCAACCCCAGUACAUCGGAAAGGGCCGUGAAAAAACAAAAACAGAAACCUAAACCGCCUGCGAAAAAGGAAGGGCACGAGGAGGACUCAUGUUGCGUUUGUUUGAUUUGCGGCAAAAGCAUCUUACUAGCUGAAAGUCGCUUCAUAUCGAAGGCUUCGAAUAGAGGUGUUAUACUCGUGUCCUGUCUCUUAAUGGGAUAUGCUUUGCCUAUGAAAGUGGCGAAAUUGGUGCUUGAGGAGGGUUCGUUGACUAGACGCUCGUGUAGAAGGCAUUUUGUACAGGCCAGUUUCUGGCUGUACGAGACUGUUAAACAUGCACUCCACGAUUCCGAGCCUCCACCGGAUACAUUUGGUGUUCUUCCCCUCUUCAUCAAGAACGCCAUAGUCAUGCGAAUACAAGAAUGCGCAACAUUAUUUGGGGAUUAUUCAGUGACAGAGAAUGAGGUACAACUUUUCUACAAUGACUGCCAGAUGCGUCACUUUUGUGAUAGUGGGGCUAUCGUUGAUUUUGAGCGAAUACGUAAGGAAGCGGGAGAUGAUACUGCAGCAUCGAACUCAGGAAAGUCUACAUCAGGAAAACAACCGAAACUGCCAUCCCUAAAAGGAUUACAAGAACAUUUAGACAAAGAUCUAAGUCAGCAUCACUUAGCAUUCAAGCAAUGCUGUCUUUGCGAUGAAUCUAAUUCAAUCAAACAUUUGCAAGAGACUCCUCUUACUAUGAGCGUGCUGAUUGUUCUACUUUCGUGUUUGCACGCCAAUGAUAAAGUCACAUUGGAGAAAGCAAAGGAAGUAUUCAUAUCUGGACAGAAACCUGAAAAGCAAAUCUGUAAUGAGCACUUCUUUUGGGUGGCUGCUUAUCUCCGAGCUAUGUGGGAAAAGCGAUAUGGAGAUUUGACUCAAAUUUCCUUCCAGCGCCUCCAUGAUUUGUUAGAUGAUGAGAAUUUCAGUCGACUUGUUGGUAUCUCAAAUGAUUUCGUUGAAGGUCAUACUCCACUGAGGAGGUCAUGUCUGACUAUCUUCUUCAAAUGGUAUCGAGAGAGCUAUUUCUCAAAGAAAACAAGGACUUGGAGAGCGGGAGCCAUGAUUGAAACUCAUUUGUUUGACCGCGAAAGCGUACAGAGGAGAAAGGAGAGUGAUGAACAGGAUGACAUCGUUGAAAUUCCCACUCAGUCUGAGCAACAAACGCCGAAGACGGAGGACAUUAAGUCUGCUUUUUCGCUGACUUUCGAUGAAAGGCUUGGAAUUGAUGGAGAUCAAUCAGCAUCUGCUCGAGAAUUAACAACCUGUGAUCUCCAACCUUCUACAUCCAGAUCGGAACCAGUCAAACAGGAACCUUGUACCUCCGUAGAUGAGGCUUUGGAAGACGAAAUUCCCUAUGAUUCUUCUCAUGAUAAUGGUUUUUGCACUGAAAUGUCAGCAGAGGAUUUACUCCACACAGAGGAUAUUGCUGAAGAUGGCGAAGAAGAAAAGUGUCCUGUUGCGGAAUUUGAAGAUCUUACUCAAGCGAAGACGGAGAAAUCGGAUGGUUUAUCUAGGAUCGAAGAAGUAGUCGAUAGUGUGUCAAAAGGUAAAACAACUGUGCCUUGGCCCCAACCAACACCACAAAUAUUCGCACCUCCUUCAGGUACAAGAUACAAUAGACAUGAAACAAUCGCGGUCUCAGCGACAACUUUACAAAGCAUCAGAGCGCCAAAAAGAAAGCACACUGAAGAUUUGGACGCUACCGAGUUACUGAAGGACACCAAUAUUCAUCUCGUGGAGCCGCGUGUUGUUCAAUACGAAUCACCUACUGAUUUGAAUGAAAAGCGAACUCGUUUUGAGAUAAUCUCCUCGCUAUCCAUAAGGAAUCGAAGGGCGCCGUUUCUCUCUGGACUUAUCACUUAUGCAUCAAAGCGAAUCUACUUUGACAGUAGGAAACGUUUACUGUCAAAGCACUCUGAGAACCUUCCCGGACCUAGUAUUCUGUAUACAAUAUGGUGGUCAUCCGCUGGUAUACUGUACCAGGCUAUCUCGCAAGAAGAUGGAAAGAUUCCUCCCCGUCCACGAAGGAUGACAUCUACUCUCUUCCAGUUCCAGCUGAACCAAGUGGUCAAGUCCCGUCGAUUUAGCAAUAUGGGAGAGUUUGGACCGAUUCUUCUAUGUGAUGAACCGCGAAGUUACUUCGAUAGCGAAGUGAUUGCAAAAUUACAUGACUACAAUAUUGAAAUCCUUCCUUAUCCUCCAAACUCCAAGGAUCUCCUGCCUUCGCAUUACUACUUUUUUGAACAGCUUUUCCAGUACCUUCGAAACAAAAAUUAUAGAUCCCUUUUUACCUUGAAAGGAGACCUUAAAAGCUUUAUCUGUACAAGACCUCCGACGUUCUUUGCUGAUGCCAUAAAUGAAUUAAAAUGGCGUUGGGAUCUUUGUAUCGCUAACAAAGGUGAGAUUGUGAAAUGUUGAUCUCCCAGUCUGUAAUAGCUGUUGCCAGUUAUCGAGUGUUAUGAAUUGUUGCAGUCUUGUUUCAUAGUUUCAUAAUUUGCAAAUGUUGGAUGUACUCUGAAUAAAACUUUACAG